CCACCUCUCCAUUGAGCUGGCAGCCCGCAACCCUAUCCAGCACUCCCGUGGCCGGCGGCAAAUUCAUCAUGAGAGGAAAACGCUCAAAGCAGUAUCGGAAGCUCAUGGAGCAAUUCUCCAUGGCCUUUGGCUUCCGCGAACCGUACCAGGUUCUAGUUGAUGCCGAGAUGGUACAGGACUCGUGCAGAUUCAAAAUGGAGCUUGAGCCCGCGCUGCAACGGACAGUCCACGGAAAAGUCAAGCCGAUGAUCACACAAUGUGAAAUCAGAAAACUCUACGCGAAGAAGAACGAUGCCGGCGUCAGCGAGGCUAUCGAGGUAGCCAAGACAUGCGAGAGGCGGCGCUGCGGCCACCAUCCCGACGAAUACCCGGAGCCGCUCAGCACGUUGGAGUGUAUGCAGUCCGUUGUCGACCCCAAGGACAAGGGCGAGAACAAACACAGAUACGUGGUGGCCAGCCAGAGCCAGGAGGUGCGACGUCUGCUGCGCACCGUCCGCGGCGUGCCCCUCAUCUACAUCAAGCGCAGCGUCAUGAUACUUGAGCCCAUGUCGGACGAGAGCGCCGCGACCAGGGCGCGGGAGGAGAAGAGCAAGUUUAGAGCCGAGAUUAAGGCUUCGUUGGGAAAGAGGAAACGGGAAGAGAGAGAGGAUAGCGACAGGGAAGGCGAGAAAGACGAAGGGCAAGCUAAGGCUGAGGAAAAGUCCAAGGAGAAGAAGAAGAAGAAGCAACGGGGUCCCAAGGGCCCCAAUCCGCUGUCGAUGAAGAAGGCGAAAAAGCCCCAAGCGACAAGAACAGAGACGGAUGGCGCACCGAGACCGAGCAAGCGACCCGAGCAAGCGCGCCCCGAGGACGAGGAGGCCAAGACAGAUGCGCCGGCGAAGCGGAAAAGGCGGAGAAAGAACAAGGCGAGCGGCGCGACGGGCGACAGAGCCGAUACAGGCGAAAGCGGUGCUGCAGCGGCUGAUGCCUCGGCCGACUAAGGCGCAUUUUUCCUACGAAGCGCCUGAUACAGUAAUCACGGAGCAAACGUUCAUGGGUUGGUCGGCUUCGGAGUUGGUCGGUUACAUGUGCAGCGAACCUGGGAAGCAGAGCGUUGGUCGGACUCUGUGUGUGCGACAGACGGCACCACCACCUACGAAGUAUUGCAAAUUGUAUAGAAACCCGCGCACGUUGAUUCGUACGCACAAACUGUGUCGCAC